GCUGCCCCCGUCUCUCCGGCGUUGUUGUGAAUUGAUCUAACAUGGCGACUGUACCAGUAUAUUGCAUCUGCAGAUUACCUUACGACGUAACCCAGUUUAUGAUCGAAUGUGAUGCUUGUAAGGAUUGGUUCCACGGCAGCUGUGUUGGGGUGGAUGAGGAUGAAGCUCCCGAUAUCGAUAUCUACCACUGUCCAAACUGUGAGAAGACCCACGGCAAGUCUACGCUGAAAAAGAAAAAGAACUGGAACAAGCAUGACACGGGGCAAAGCACUGACGUCCGACCUGUUCAGAACGGCAGUCAGGUGUUUAUUAAGGAGCUACGGAGUCGCACCUUCCCCAGCUCUGAGGACGUGGUGGUCAAACUCGCAGGCAAUCAGUUGACCAUGGACUACCUGGAGGAGAAUGGCUUCAACGAGCCCAUCAUGGUACUAAAGAAAGACGGCCUGGGGAUAUCCAUGCCUGCGCCCACAUUCUACGUCAGUGAUGUGGAAAACUAUGUCGGACCAGAUGUUCCCGUGGAUGUAGUGGAUGUCACCAAACAGACAGACAGCCAAAUGAAGCUGAAGGAGUUUGUUGAUUACUACUACAGCACAAACAGGAAGAAAGUGCUAAAUGUUAUUAACCUGGAAUUCUCUGACACAAGGAUGGAUAGCAUCGUGGAGAGUCCGGCGAUUGUCCGAAAGCUAUCGUGGGUGGAGAAUUACUGGCCAGAUGACGCUCUGCUGGGGAAGCCAAAAGUCACCAAAUACUGCCUAAUCUGCGUGAAGGACAGCUACACGGACUUCCACAUCGAGAACGGCGGGGCCUCCGUGUGGUACCACGUUCUAAAGGGAGAGAAGAUCUUCUUCCUGAUCAAGCCCACCUCGGCGAACCUCUCCCUGUACGAGCGCUGGCGAUCCUCCUCCAAUCACAGCGAGAUGUUCUUCGCCGACCAGGUGGACAAGUGCUACAAGUGCACGCUCAAGCAGGGUCAAACUCUCUUCAUUCCGUCAGGGUGGAUCAAUGCAAUACUGACUCCUGUUGACUGCCUGUCCUUUUCCGGGCACUUUGUCCACAACCUGAGCGUGGAGAUGCAGAUGAGGGCGUACGAGGUGGAGAAGAGGCUGAAGGUAGCCAGCCUGACUCCUUUCUCGAACUUCGAGACGGCCUGUUGGUACGUCGGACGGCACUUGUUGGAGAGAUUCAAAGGUUUACACAAGACAAAUAAGCAGCCAGCUCCCUAUUUGGUACACGGUGCCAAAAUCAUCAAUGGAGCCUUCAGGUCGUGGACUAAAAAACAGGCCCUCCUGGAACACGAGGAUGAACUUCCCGAGAACAUGAAGCCAACACAGCUCAUUAAAGACCUUGCCAAAGAGAUUCGGAUUUGUGAGAAUGCAACUAAAGCCAUAAAGUCGGAACCCAGUAGCACCAAGCUUCCGGCCGAGGAACCACCCUCGGCCCCCCCGGAGCCCGAGGACCCUGCGUCCCCCGCCCAUGUUGCCACCCCGCCACGGGACAAGCCAGCCAGGAAGAAAGCCACCAAGCCCCCCAAGCCUCCCAAGAUGCCCAAGGCACCCAAGCCACCCAAGGUGCCUAAGGUGAAGGAGGCGGCGGGCAAGAAGAAAGGGAAGAAGGCCAAAGAUGGCGGUCUCCCUCCCAAACCUUCCAGUCUGGCAGCACUUGAGUCCCAUGCCAAGGAUAUUCUUAGUAAGAUGGACCAGCCCAAGAAAGGCAAGGCGGCAAAGAGUGUAAUGAGCCCAGUGGAGAGAGAACCGAACAAGCAGAACGAUGUAGAGAAGUUCGAAAUGCGAGAACACAACAAGAACAAAACAGAGGCCAAGUGGAAAUACAAGAACAGCAAGCCAGACUCCUUAUUGAAGAUGGAAGAGGAGCACAAAUUUGAAAAGUCAACACUAGGACACAAAGACAACAAAUUCAGCUUCUCAAUGUCCAACAAGAAACUGCUGGGUUCAAAGACACUUAAACCACAGACCAACUCCAGUGUGUUCGGAUCAUUACAAAACCUGAAAGAGGACAAAAACAAGCCUGUGAGAGAUGAGUAUGAGUACGUGUCAGACGAAGGCGAGCUCAAGAUUGACGAGUUCCCCAUCAGGAGGAAAAAGAAUGCGGUCAAGAGGGAUUUGUCAUUUUUAUCAAACAUCAAAGAACCCAUUCAGCCUUCCAAAAAGCCAAAGCUGCAGCCCUCGGUUCUGAAGAACGGCGACUCGUCAGACGAAGAGUCGCUUCACAUAGACACCGAAGCCAAGCCCGAGGCGCCCAAAGGGCGUAACUCAAAGGUCAAGAAGAAGGGCGGAAGUGCGGCCGGCAUUCUGGACCUGCUGCAGGCCAGCAAGCAAGUGGGCAGCAUCGACUACAGCGCCAACAGUCAGCCACCUGCAUCCCCCAGCACACAGGAAGCCAUUCAGGGCAUGUUGUCCAUGGCUAACCUGCCGUCCUCAGUCUCCUGCCUGACGCCGUCCUGGAGCAACAGUCAGUCAAAGAGCAACUCGCACGGCGGACAGGCCUCUAAGAAGACGAGUGCCAGUGGCGGUGGAGGUGGGAACGCCAACAGCAAGAAGCAAAGUAAGCGACCACCCAAGAAGAGUCGCAAGGCCAGCGAGGUGGAGAGCCCUGACAUGUUCGAUGAUGACCACGACCACCUGGAAGCAUGCUUCAGGGACUCCGAUUACGUAUAUCCUUCUUUGGAAUCUGAGGAGGACAACCCCAUCUUCAAGUCACGAUCGAAGAAGAGGAAAAACUCAGACGACACUCCAUACAGCCCUACAGCUCGCGUCGGGCCCUCAGUUCCCCGCCAGGAGAGACCUGCCCGUGAGGGUGCGCGGGUGGCAUCCAUAGAGACAGGCCUGGCAGCCGCUGCCGCCAAACUCUCCCACCAGGAGGAGCAGCAGAAGAACAAGAAGAAGAAGAAGAGCACCAAAAAGAAGGCAGCGCCAGCGCCCCCAGUGGUGGUGGAGGAGCCCCAGAGACACUCUCAGGACAGCAGCUCGCCGGAGCCCCCGCUGGACUCGCAGGAGGGCCUGCUCUCCGACCACGAGUACAGCACGGGCGCCGGGGCGGGCAAGACGGCCGGCGGCUCGCAGCCCAUGGCGCCGGGCGUCUUCCUCAGCCAGAGGAGACCCUCCACGUCCUCGUCCUCGCAGAACAACAACGGCAGCUCGGCGCCCACAGGGGGCAAAGGGGAGCGAGCCGGAGCCGGAGCAGGAGCUGGGGCAGGAGCCGGGGCAGGAGCAGGAGCAGGCGCGGGCGCAGCCGACGCCAAAGGUAAGGAGAGAGAGGGUCUGACAGAUGAUGGUUCUAGUUCAGCCAAACGGCUAAAGAAAGGAAUGGCAACAGCCAAACAGAGACUGGGAAAGAUCCUAAAGAUCCAUCGGAAUGGGAAACUCCUUCUGUAGCGGGGGACAGCAGUAAAAGGACUUCUCGAGUACUUCUCGAUUCUCCUGAUGUAAUGGACUCAUGGAUUGGCCAAUCCCAGCCCACUCUACCCCUCCCUGACCUAUAGUCCUUCUCCUAACGUUCACCUUGAUCCCUCCCCCCCUCCCCAACACCCCCCCACCUCGCCUGUCAAAGAGAGGAGUGGACAACCUGACCCAAGGCGGAGAGAAGCCAACUACAACCUUUUCGAUUUCUAAGAACAAAAUAGCUCAAACAAAAAAAAAACAAAAAAAAAAAAUAAACAGGCUUUUGCCUCAACAUAUACUUUAUAACUUUCAGAUAUGGAAAAGUGUACAAAAUACCUGCUAUUAAUAUUUUUUAAGAGGAUUUUUGUCUCAUUUUACUACAGCUGUCAUUUUAUCAGGGGUUGCUCGAGACAUAAGGAAAAUUUACAUAGCAGUCAUUCCAAGAUGUAGAAAGUAUCCCUUGCAUGUGAUCCGGUUGCAUG